GUUCAGGUUAUUCCCGACUAGAAAUCUUUCUUCUCUCCUCCAUCACCAUCACCAAAACACUUAUACACAGGAGCCAUCCAAGGCCUCUCUGCUACGACUCGACAACACUCGUAUAUAUCAACAGCUUCUUGAGCUUUCAGCACUAUUCACCAUGCCGUUCACAUCCAGCGAUAUCGCCAAGAUCAUUGUUGCCAUCAUUCUGCCGCCCGUAGGUGUCAUCCUCGAGCGAGGCUGCGGUGCCGACUUCUUGAUCAACGUCCUGCUCACAAUCCUGGGUUACAUCCCCGGAAUCAUCCACGCUCUGUACAUCAUAUUGAAGUACUAAGCACCUCCACCACUCUCGUAUCCGCCAGCUCAGAUCCAUGACGCCGCACUGCAUUAUGUGUGCUGUGCAUCAGCUGUCUGUCACCUUCUAAUCGAUUUGACUGGCAAGUCUUUUUAGAAUGGAUAUGCGCUUGCCAAGGAGUGCUGUGGUAAUGGUCGCCAGCUCACCACCUGGCUGGUUAUAGAUGUGGUAAUGACAGUCAACGGUCUUUUCUGGAUUUUGUUUUCUCUCUUCCUUUUUGUCGG